AGUUGUGGGUUGUUGAUUGUAGAUUAGAUGUGGGGCACGGGUUUAUAAUAAAAGAACUAUAGAGGACACCCGCAUAGAAAGCAAUAACAAUGGUAACCCGAAGACCCGGGCGAUUGAUAGAAAUAGGCCCCAUCUACCUCGUCUACAGGUAGUGGGCCUCAUACAAUGCAGGUAAAGUCUUAUCUUUACGAAUCGGAGUCGAAAAAAUCAAGUUUGCAGUUUUGACGAGUGGGUAUCUGGUGAAAGUGCAUCUCUUAUCUCUGUCGGCCAUCAACCGCCGCGGGGAGAGGACGAGAGUGUCUAUAAUAGUCCCCGAGAAAGUGUUUCCUGUUUUAACUUAUUGCACAGAGGAGGAGAAAGUCCAGGAUGGACGAAACGAUGGUUCUGUGGAUGUUGGCACUGGUGAUGCUGGGCGGCUCUUAUCUCGCCGGCUCACUGCCACUCGUCAUGAACUUAUCAGAGGACAAGUUACAACUAGUGUCAGUUCUAGGCGCCGGAUUGCUCGUAGGGACUGCAUUAGCUGUUAUUAUUCCAGAAGGUGUUCGUGCCUUGUUUAAUGGUGCUGUGCAAUCUGCAAUUAAACCACAGGGUGAAAGCAACGCACACGACAGACAUGAUCUUCACAGUUUAAUAGGCUUAAGCCUGGUGUUAGGUUUCGUUUUCAUGUUAUUAAUUGACCAAUGCUCGACAAAGCGAAGUGGUGGAAAGGAACGAAGCGUGACAGCCACACUCGGCCUCGUCGUUCAUGCAGCCGCGGAUGGAGUUGCCUUGGGAGCUGCGGCGACGACGUCACAGGCUGAUGUCGAGGCGAUAGUAUUCUUGGCGAUUAUGUUGCACAAAGCUCCAGCAGCAUUUGGACUCGUAUCUUUUCUUCUUCAUGAAGGAGUAGAAAGAAGGCGAAUACAAAAGCAUCUGUGGGUAUUUUCGUUGGCGGCCCCGAUUUCAGCCCUAAUUACGUAUUUUGGAAUUGGAAAGGAAGGUAAAGAGACCCUUAGCAACGUGAACGCGACAGGUUUGGCUAUGUUGUUUAGUGCGGGUACAUUUUUAUAUGUAGCGACAGUACACGUUCUGCCAGAAUUGAUGACUAGAUGUAAUAACGGUAAUUACUCACAUUUGCCAACGGACACCCUUACAACACCUUCUUAUGGACUCAAGUUCAAGGAGAUCGUAGCACUAGUGGUUGGUUCCUUUUUACCGGCUCUUAUCACAACGGGUCACCACCACUGAUUAUUGUUUCCAUAAACAGCUUGAGAAGUAAUUUUUUACUCUACUCGGGUGUUGGUAGCUUAGUUGAAAGAGCUAUCAGUUGGAGAUCCAGUAUUUUUCCAGCAGAACCGACGUUUUAUCGAUUUAAAUCAUGAUGAAAUGUUAUUUGUACAUAGGUGAUUCAAAAUAAUAUUUUUUAAUGACUUAUUUGGAUAAAUAAACACUAGAUGAUUUAUUAAGUGUAAAUUUUAAUAAUUAUAAUGGUAAACAUUCAGGAGUGGUUUUAUGUACGUUGGAUAUACACUGUUAGUUAGAUCUAGUUAGCAGACAUAAAUAGUUCUAUUUUAUUUUUCUGGGAUAAAAUGUUAAUUUUGAUGUUAAGCAAUUUUUCAUUUUUAUUGACAAAGUGUCUUAGAAGUGACAAUUUUAACAUAAGUUAAAUACAAAUACACUUCAACAAUCUAUGUUACAUUAAUUAAAUAAUAUAUCAUUGAGAAAGUGUACCUGUAGUACUAGAAGGUAUUUAGCCGAAUUAUAAUUGAACAGCUAGACACAGAAUUUAUAUGACCAUGGAAAAAACUAUAACUUAUUUAUGUGAUAAUAACAAUAAGUCUUUUAAAAUAAAUUACAAAUUUUUUAUUAUAAAACUUUUGU